AUGCAUGGGGCUGAAAAGGGCCUGACUGAACUGUGUGAAAUGCUCAAGACAACAGAGAGUGACAUCAAGAAGAGCACAAGCGGCAGCCAUGUGAUGGCUAUCCAGAACAAGUCUGCUUUCAAGAAGAAAGCACGGUGCGUCGCCUGCGACCGCAAGAGAGCGGAUCCGGUGUUCUGCAGGCCCAGCAUCACGGUCACCGUCACCGCCACCAACUUCUGCCCGCCCAACUACACGCUGCCCGGCGACCGCGGCGGCUGGUGCAACCCGCCGCGGGUGCACUUCGACAUGGCGCAGCCGGCCUGGGAGAAGAUUGGCGUCAACUGCGCCGGCAUCAUCCCCGCCGCCAUGUACAAAAGAGUUCCUUGCGUGAGGCGAGGUGGGGUGCGGUUCACGAUCAACGGGCACGACUACUUCAAUCUUGUGCUCAUAGCCAAUGUCGCGGCAGCCGGCUCCAUCAGGUCCAUGGAUGUCAAGAGCUCCGGUUCGGAUAACUGGAUGCCCAUGGCGCGCAACUGGGGUGCCCAAUGGCACUCCUUGGCAUACCUUACGGGGCAAAAUCUCUCGUUUAGAGUCACCGACACUGAUGGACAGACUCUUGAAUUCACGGACGUGGUGCCCAAAGGAUGGAAGUUUGGCCAAACAUUCGCAAGCAAGAUACAGUUCAAGUGAUGCGAGGGUCCAUGUGGGAUUUCCUGUGGUUGAUUUGUGGGAGCUAGUAUGAACUACGAAUGCAGCAUGGUCA